GGACGCAUUCGCGGUUGCGCUCGACUCCGUUCGGUUCCCUUCGGCUUUGCUCGGCUCCGCACGAUUCUUGAAUCGACUCUCGAAUCGUUCCCUCGCGCGCUUCGCCGCUGCUCUGACGUUUCCGUCGAAGACGCGUGAUCGUGCUUUCGCCGUACUCUUAUUCUCCGCUCUUACGAGAAUCUUUAUUUCUUUUCAUUUUGUACCUCUUGCCAGCCAUUUACUCGCUGCUUUGUUUUCUGCCCGAGGCUCUCUGUAUACGUAAUCAGGGGAUUGUUGACAGGCGAUCUUGUAAAGUUCGACCCUGUCACGCACUCGUGGAGAAGUGAACUUUACCACCAGAGAGAAAUCGGAUAACGUCAAGAUAUCGGUUCAUGAUUUGAUUUGGGAACGACAGUAAAAUCUAUCAAAGUUCCACCGAGGUGACUGAUCCUACAACCUCUGUCAGUGAUUUUAUCGGGCUCGUCUAGGGUCGGUUACUCGUACGGGAUCAUUGUCUACCUUUUUAUUCGUACGUGUUCAGUGUGACUUCUGUAUUUACCAUAUAACCACGUGUAUCUAGAUCAAGUUCUGUAAAAAGAGUGCGCGACAAGUUGAAGUUCUUUUAUUGUGGGUGUUUCUGUAUAUACAAGUGUGUACGGCGGUUGGAUGAAAACGUGGAUACUCUGCUGACUAGACUCGUCGCCAUACGGAGGACAGCAUCGAAUUUAAUGGUGAAGAUGUACGCGAAGUCAAGGUGACGCAAACAUGGCGACAGUACAGGACAGCGGAGGGCAGCAGCCCGAUCGAUCGGUAACGGGUAGAUCGUCACGUCGGACGGACAGUUUGAAGAGGACGGAAAAUGGGGAGAUCAGCGAGGAAGCGAUGAAAACGGAGAAGCUGCGUGACAACGGCGACAGGAUGGACCCGUACAAGGAGCUGGAGCUUUAUCUCGCGAAAGUGAACGAGGAGAUCGGAGAGAUCAUCGAAUCCGUUCCAUCCGCUGCUCUCGAGAUCGUCGAGGAGCCGAGAUUUCCUGAAAACUCGAGAAACAGACUGGGAGAAUCGAUAGGCGAUCGGACGAAGUCUCUGCCGAGUAAAAGGAAUGUCCUCAAGAGACAGAAUUCCAGAGCUUACAACACGAUCGGCAGGGACGAUUACGGGGAUUGGUCCGAGAACAUUUUGGCCGAGUUCAACACGAUAAUCGCUAAGGAAAUAAACGAUUUGAGUAACGAGAAGGUCGAUUGCCCGAGAAGAGGCUCUUCGAAGGAACAGCGUAAAAUCGAGUACAGGGAGCUGCUCAACGAAUUCGGUAUCUUCGAUAGCGAGAGUUCCGACGAGAGUUGCUACGAGCAGGUGCUCGCGACCGAUCACUCUGUCGCUUCCGGCGGACGUCCUCGCGGGGACGUCCUGGGGAAGGCCGAGCUGCCCGAAAGUAAGAACGGGGAAGUCGACGGAGGGACGAGCCGCAUGCUGAAUUCCGACUACGACGAACCGCGGGACCGAAUAACGGAGGAGCCGGCUUUCAGGAAUUGCGUGAGUUUGCCGAAAAAGUUGACUGGUCCAGCGUUGUUCGAUCGGCACCAAGAGAUUUGCAGUUCGGAUUACGACGAGCCAAGUGGUUGCGUCACCGUCGCGAACAAAUGUUCCACGACUAACUGUUCUAGUCUUCCGUUGGACUCGGGUGGUCCAAGAGUGUCCCAGCAUCCUUACGAGUACUAUGCUGUUAAGCAGGAACCAAAGAGUACUUUAGAAUUCAGCGAAGUAGAGUCGCGACCACAUGAGAGCGACCGCGGAGUGGUCCAGCGGCCGGAGGAUCGUAAUAAAGCAUCGCGGCUGCCCUCGGCAAAGUCUAAGCUGCCGCCGAGAUAUCUGGAGGCUCAGCGAAAGACCAGCCUGCCGGUGAACUUAAUGAGCCAAAAGCGCAGGAAGCCCGGCCACGCGAAGCUUCAAAGGGGUAAGGUGCCCGAGAAUGAUCCGAUGGAGCCUGACUACGACGACGUCUUCGCGAGCAACGAGCACGAAACGAUCACCAGGUCGAAGUCGCUCGAGAACAACGUGCCGAAAUCGGCGCCGGUGACGCCUACGGAGGAGAAGAAGCCGCCGUUUUCGAAAUUGCUACGCAAGAGGCACACCCCGGUCUUCCACGAGAGCUCCGAUGACGCUGUGCUGGUCAGAGUGUCCUCGCUUCCGGAUCAGGACCUCAUGCAUCUGUCCAAUGAGAGAUUCGAGAGCCGAAAGAGCCUCGACUCGUCCUCGAGGAACGCUGGGAAAAAGAAACGCGCCGUUUCGCCGUUGACGCUGCGCUCCGACGUCAGCGCCAAGAGACUCUCGGAAUCGGAUAAGGACGUGAGGGAGAUAAGUCCUGUAAAUCUCAAGAGAUUCGCGUUGCUCUCCAAGAGCAAGGGUAACGACGUCGCCGUCAAUUGCGAUCUGCCUCAGUCGGAGAGGAACGUCUCUGUCGAGAGCGUGGAAAGCGGGAAAUCCGGGAAGAUGCUGGGGACUGAGGAGAUCAUGAGGAUCGAGGAGCACAACGCGAGAUCUGGUUCGCUUCCAAUUUCAUUGCAGUCACUGUUGUCGCGUCUUCGAAACGGUUCGGGAUCCUGCUGUCCCAACAGUCCACCGAUAGAGAACGUUGCCUGCUCCGACAUGGCAACGCAGACCUCGCCGGCUAUUUCGAGGAGUUCCAGCUUCACUUGGGUCAGCGAUUGCGAGUCUCCCAGAGCCGAAUCGAACCUGGAUUCCCGAUCCCUUCAAGAUGAAAGUACUUUGGAUCCAGCAUCCCCACAGGACACCGUGGACGACGACAAUAGAUCCUCAUCCUCGUCUCAGGAUCUUCUGCAGAGCAUGGACGAAAUUUCGUCGGGCAGUCUGUCACCGGACACAACUGACAGGGCGUCUCCACUGGAGAGUGGAAUUGGUACAGCUAGUCCACCAAGAAGCACUGAUCGCAGAUUAGCCAAACCAGCGUCAGGCACUGCCAAGUGUCAUCGGCAGGAAACGUGGGAGAGGAUUCGACGCAGACCCUCAAAAUUGAAUUCCCGCUCGGAUAAAACCUGUCAGGAUGUCUGGAUCCGGAGGGAGAGCGUUCAUACCCAAACGCGAGAGAACGAGGACCUUUACUCUCAGGAUGCUGUCGACAGCAGCAGUGGACUCGAUGAUUCCUUGCCAAGGAUCAAACCAUCCAGACCGACGAACUUGCCUUUAGGCCUCUCGGCUACUGCCAGUAGUUCUCUCAGUUCCGGCGAAUUGCUACAAACUCCACCACGGGCACCAUCCUCGCCAUCUGCCGCGAGUCUGCAGCUCAAGCCGGAGCCUCUACCUGUUGAACUGAGCAGCAAGAGCAGCAGCGCACCGCUUUUAGAAAAUAACAAGGCGGGAAUCACGCUUGAAAGUGCAACGAUCCAUCAACAACCGAGAUCACAAUCGGAACGACAGCUAUCAGAAAUCGAAGCGCAGGAAGCUUGCAAAUGGCUGAGAGCUGCAGGAUUUCCACAGUACGCGCAAAUGUACGAUGACUAUCAGUUCCCGAUAGACGUUUCCGGCGUGGCCAAGGAUCAUCCAUUUCUCGAGGCUGAUUCUCUGCAGAGUCUCUUUCGCAGGCUUCACGCGCUGAAUCGCUGUGCCAAUAUAAAGUUGGACACGCAUCACACGCAUCACACGCAUCAUCAUCACAGCACGAGCCACAGCAAAAACGGUGGCGAUGACUCGGAUGAGGAUACGCAGUGUGCGCUGAGCGAGAAUUGGACGUUCGAGAAGAAGACGAGGCGAUGGUCACGAGUGUGUGACGUAAAUCAGGCCAACGUCGAGAGGCUUCAGGCCAUAGCUGGACAGAACAUUCCCUCCGAGGUGGGCUGCCUGGAGGAUCGUCUCGAGGCCGAGGAAGCCGAGGACACGAUGCUCGACACCCUCAAAUACGGAAGUCUUCCCCCCGGACCCAUUCCAGACGAAUUGACCCCGAGGUUCCGCAGAACGGGAUCCGAGAAGUUUCGUGACGGCGCCAAGGCACUUCUCAGGAGAGUCGAGUCCUUGAAGUCCCGUAGAAGGAAACGAAAGAAUCGCGAGGGCGUCGUGAUAAGCGGGCCCCAGGUCCUGGACGUGAUGUCGAUGCAGCAGAAAAUGAAGGAUCUGAACUGCGUGGACGUGUCGCCGACAGGAGCAGCGCCCGUGUCUUUCAAUGAUCUGCUCCCGGGAUCGCCGCUUCAUCUCCCGCCUUCGCCCUUGACAUUGCCAUCCUCGCCAUAUCAUUUGCCAGCCUCGCCCCUGGCCAACGCAGCCAGCCCCUUCGGGGACGAUUCCUCCAGCUACUGCUCGGACGGGUCUCAGGGCGGCGGACCAAUUCCCACGCCGACCAGGACGAAGAUGAACAGGGCUCGGCGAUUCCUUAAUCGCGGCAGAGAGGACUACGGGACUCUGAGCGAUUCCGAGUGUCAGCCGACCAGCUGGCGGCACAGAUAUCUCAAGGAUGCUAAUAGCAACCACACGAAGGUUCUCGAGUACGUGAACACGCACUCGCAGAGUCCGAAGGAUUCGCCGUCGAAGCCAAUUCCAAUAAAUACUCGCGGCGGUAGCUUAAAUCUUGGAAAGGAAUCUCAAAGAUACCGGGACAAGUUCUCGCAGAGUCAGGAGGCGUACAAGGAGGACAAAUUCUUGGCCGCGAAGCGCGAAGAUAAGCUUCACAAGAGCUUCAGACACAGCAGGGAGGAUCUCUACAGGGAGACAAAGCCUCUUGCCAAGGAUGUCACUGUCUACAGGGAGAAGUCGAGGUCCAGGAGUUCGGAGCUCGCCGGCAGCCAAGAGAGCAGCUCUACCGUAGCCAGUAGAGAUUCCGAUCAAGAGGAGGAUUCUCCGAGACACAAAGGAACGGUUGUUAGGUGGCACAGCUUCCAAAGAGGAUCUCUCUAUCCCGAACCCCUGGAUCCGCUUUGCUCGCGAGCGAUGGCCUCCAUGUCUUGCGGGCAGCUGCUUGUGCUAAGGAAACUGGCUCUGCUCAAGUUGACAGCUUGCAUGGAACGGUAUUGCCCCACUCAUCGUACCGGAUGGAAUUGGGAACUGCCAAAGUUCAUCAGGAAGAUCAAGACGCCGGAUUACAAGGACAAGACCGUCUUCGGCGUUCCCUUGUUGCUGUCCCUGCAGAGGACUGGCCAGGCUCUACCAAAGUGCAUUCAGACAGCCCUCAGGUGGCUCAGGGCCAAUGCUCUGGACCAAGUUGGAAUCUUUCGCAAGAGCGGCGUCAGAUCGAGGAUACAGAAGCUCAAGGUGAUGACGGAGACGCAGGGCGACAAUAUAAACUUUGACGGUCAACAGGCCUUCGACGUUGCUGAUCUCGUCAAGCAAUACUUCAGGGAAUUGCCGGAGGCUCUCUUGACCAAUAAACUCUCUGAAACUUUCAUCGCUAUCUUUCAACACGUCCCGGCUGAACUCAGGCCGGAUGCCGUCCAGUGCGUUCUGCUCCUGCUGCCAGAUGAACAUAGGGAAGCUUUGGAAACUCUUUUGGAUUUCCUUAAUCAAGUUGCCAGUAACUCGCCGUACAAUCAGAUGACAGCAUCCAAUUUAGCCGUCUGUCUGGCACCCAGCUUGUUUCACUUCAAUCACAACAACUCUAACGUCUCAAACAGAUCCAACAGCGUUUCGCCGCGUAGGAGAAAGACUGUGGGAAUUCCAGAUCAGAGAGAAUUAUCCGAAAAUAAAGCAGCGCACGAUUGUCUUUUGUAUCUCGUGAAGAUGCAUCGUGAAUUGUUCAUGGUUUCUUCGGAUAUGCUGACACAGUGCCACUUUAAUUACAUGGAGGAAAGCGUUCCGGUUGCCCUCGAAGAACUUGGCUCGGAAUUGAAGCAGGACUGGAGAGGCUACUUGUGCGCCUGUACCACAGCAUUGUUGAAGGAAGCGCGCGAAAAAAGUCGCGGAUGGGUCACUGUAAAUAAUUCUGCUGACGUUAGCGUGGAGGUGGCGUACAAAAAAGUUGGCGAUGGUCACCCGUUGCGGUUGUGGCGUGUAUCCACUGAAGUCGAAGCUCCACCGAACGAGCUUCUCCACCGCGUCCUUAGAGAGAGACACGUCUGGGAUCCGCAGCUUUUAAAGUAUAGAUUGGUUACUAAGCUGGAUUCCAACGUCGAGGUCUUUCAGUAUGCUACCGGAAACAUGAGCCCUCUACCUGCUAGGGAUUAUUGUGUCUUAAGAUCCUGGCGAAACGAUCUUCCUAAGGGCGCGUGUGUCAUUGUCGAGACGUCAGUCGAACAUCCUGAAGCUCCGGUAAUGCUGGGCGGAACUCGAGCAAUAGUUUUGGCCUCCCGCUAUCUGAUUGAGCCUUGCGGAAGUGGAAAAUCGCGCAUCAUGCACCUGUCCAGGGUAGACACGAAAGGUCGCACUCCAGACUGGUACAAGAGUUACGGGCAUAUCGCAGCCCUUCAUCUGAGCAAAAUUCGGAAUUCCUUCAAACACACAACGGAUGGUCCUGAGAGUAAAGUCUGAGAAGAGAUUCCCGUGCAACGCAUGCCGUUGCACGGCGCUCAAUCCGUCAACCAGGAUCAGAGCGAACAGCAAAGAGAUCAUAGAGUACUCAAGGAUCUUCGUCAAGUCCAACCUACCAUAGACGAAGAGUAGCACCCAUCGUAAUUCUUUCAUGGGCACAGAAUACAAAACACACAAAUGAAAACUUAUUGGUCAGGUUUUGUAGAACGUAGUGUUAAACUCCUGGUACUUCUACUGAACAAAUAGUGGAGUAGACUAGAGGGUGGCUGCAUUCUGUAAUCUGUAGUCAAUGAGAGAUUCGUAAUUGAUGCCGUCUUUUAGAAUUUCUUCUGUAUUCUUUGUACGUAGCUCGUUAGUGAUAUCGAGAAUUAAUUAAUCAUAGAUCUCCCAAUCCGAGUAUCGUCGAAGUCGCUCGAAAGAUCACGCUGAUUACUCUAAUCAUGUAUGGCAUUUACGGUUGAUCCAAAAUCGUGGAGUCGUAGAGUAGUGCCAUUUGCUGUAGGAUAACAACAUCUAGACUACGAAGAUUUGAGUUAAUUGUAGGCGAACACGUUACGUAUACGGCUGGAGAGCGAUCGAAUGAAAUUCUCGUAUGAAAUCCGGAUUAUUCCAUAUUGUGCAAUGCUCCCAUAAAGACGCGGCCAUUUUAUAACGAAUGCAACACGAUCGUAUAAUGAUACGCAUUACCUUGCACUUUUAUAUUUAGAUUUUUGGACCAAAUCUCAUCAUAUUUUCAUCUUCUUUUUUUCUUUAUUAUUAUACUAUACUAUACUCUAUCGCGGUAUGAUCAUUAUUUUUUUAUUACUGACGAGUUCAUGACUCAAGGACGACAACCUGUAGAAAGGAAUUGUCAAAAUAUGUACCUAUUUAUAAAUGUACCUUACUCACAAGAGAUGACAAUAUGCGUGGACACGCAUAGGCGUAAUUCUAGACGACUUAGGACACCUGGGCGCUCGUACCCUGAUUAUUCAUUAACAUAACACAACUAAUUGAAUCGUGAAGUAACGACGAAUGCGCUGUACAACAAUUGAUUGUUAGGGACAUGGAAAUUAAUGAUAAAAGUGAUGUUUGAAGUAGAAUCUUAGCCAGUUGUUAAUCCAUGGACAAAUCGCAUAUCAGCCUCAUGGCGUCGUUAGAGAAUUUAAAUUUAAGAAAAGCAAUCUUCAAUUUUUGGCUAGUACAGAUAGUUUAUUUUUCAGCCAAGGUAAUAAACGGCGGGGAAAAGAAAUGUUAUAUUCUUCGUCCCUCAGUGUGUUCAAAGUAGUUGGCUCUUUCAAUAUAAAGAUAUAUAUGUAUAGAAAGACAUAGGGACCAGUUUCGUUUGGACCGAAAAAAAUUCAAUGAGUUUCGCAUAAUACCCAUUCUCAAAUCGACCGUAAAUAUAUUUUAACAUAAUACUAGUCAGUUACAUUAGUGGAACCGUAUACACAUUGAUAAUAUAAAUGUAUAAAAAUCCUAUUCCAUAGCGUUAUAUCCAGAUAUUUAAUUAUUAUUAAUAUUAAUGUUAUAAAUAUUAUACAGUAUAAGGAGCAGUUAUAGAAAUAUAUAAUAUUUUUGUGUCUAAAAAGAACGCCAGUAGCACCAGAGGGAAGAAACGUGUCUUCGUGUUUGUAAUAUGAACGUCUUUAUUCUUGUAAUCCAUGUCCCGUUAAGUUGUAAAUAUGUAUAUUAUUAUAUGAUGAUGAUGAUGAAUAUAUAUUCAUUAAAUGGCGAUUUUUAUUAUCAA